AUGAAAUUCUCAACCAUCAUUGCAACAUCAUUAUUAUCAUUAGUAGCAUUUGCUGCUCCAGCUCCAACUGCUGAUGAACAACAAACUGCUUGGAAUGCUAUCUCAAACGUUACCACUGAAUCAAACAACUUGAACUCUGUUUUACAAAGUGCUGAUCUUCCAAAAGAUCCAAAAGAAGCUUUAGCUCAAAUCGUUAAAGAUACUUUAUCAAAAGGUUUAGGUGCUGUUCAAAAUGCUAAAUCCAAAGAAGAAGGUCAAGCAGCUUUAAGUUCAAUCUUAGAAGAUUCAAAAUCUAAAUUAAAUGGUGUUAGCUCUCAAGCUUCAGAAGAUGAUCCAAUUACCAGAACUUUGAAAGGUGUUGUUACCAGUUUAGUUUCAUUAUUAGAAAAAAUCUUUGAAACUUUAAGUGACACUUUAGACAACAUCUUACACUUGAACUUGAUUGGUGCUAUUGUUUCAGUCUUAUCUGGUGUUUUAGCUGCAAUUGACAUCUUCUUAUCAAACUUGAAAAACAAUGUCUUACCAGCCAAAUAG